UCUUUCUCUAAGUAUUGUUGGCUGCAUAAACAAAAUGACAAGCUUAGGGAAAUUGGGGCAAUGGCCUUUACUUGUAACUGCUUUGGCAAUUUGCUUUAUAGCUAGCACUGUUGUUGCUGAUUACUCUUAUGGGUAUGCUUCUCCUUCACAUUCUUACAACUCUAAGAAGUAUUACAAAUCACCAUCUCCCGUACCCAAGUAUCAUGUACCAACUCCUUACUAUAAGUCACCUGCACCUGCAAAGUAUUAUUACAAGUCACUAGUUCCUGCAAAAUACUAUAAAUCUCCAGCUCCUGCAAAAUACUACAAGUCGCCAGCUCCUGCAAAAUAUUACAAGGCGCCAGCUCCCGCAAAAUACUAUAAAUCGCCAGUUCCCGCAAAAUACUACAAAUCCCCAGCUCCUGCAAAAUACUACAAGUCACCAGCUCCUUCAAUGAACAACUACAAGUCACCAUCACCUGCAAAGUACUACAUAGCGUCAUCACCAGCAAAGUACUACAAGUCACCAUCCCCAGCAAAAUACUACAAAUCGCCUGCUCCUUCUAAAUAUUAUAAGUCACCGGCCCCACUAAAAUAUUACAAGUCCCCAGUUUACUAUAAAUCUCCACCACCACCAAUUUAUUAUGAGAAAUCACCUUCAUAUUACAAGUCAUCCCCACCUCCUCCAACAUACUAUGAGCAGUCACCAUCUUCUUACAAGUCUCCACCUCCACCAUACUAUAAAGAAUCUAUACCUUCCUAUAAAUCUCCUCCACCUCCACCAAAAUACUACGAGCAAUCGCCUAUAACUUACAACUUGCCAUCUCUACCAAAGACCUAUGAAAAAUCACCAUCUUAUUACUCACCUCCACCACCAACAAACUAUUACAAGCAAACUCCUACCUAUGCGUCACCUCCACCGCCUGAGAAGUACGAGAAAUCCGCCAACUAUGCUUCACCUCCAACCCCGCCAGCAUCUCCUCCGCCGACCUACUACUAAUUUUAACUAUUCAGUCAUUUUCGCCAUUUCCAUGGCUUUUUAUUCCUUUUUGUCCUCUUUUUUUAGCAACCCCAUUUCCGCAGCCAAAAUUUGAUGUAUGCUUCCCGAAAUGAUCGGGUUUGCUUAUUAUGUGUUCAAUGUUCUUUUGUUUUAAUAAUUUGUAUUAUUUAUUGUUUGAUUUAAGUAAGAUCCU